UCUCUUAAAAAAAAGUAAUGACAAAAACCAGACAUGAUCAACAUCAGGCCUGAAUGUUGAGACGCUUGUCUAACAGAGCAAACCGAGUUGCACCCAAAUAAUGAAACCCGCUAGAUAGAAAUGGAUAAUAAUUAAUGACGCUUGUCUACUACGAAUUCUGAAUAUAUUGCUCACAGCUGAACCAAUGCUAUAUAUCUUGUUGAGCGGGGAGGUAAGAUUCUCCGCGGGUGGAUUGCAUUUUCUUGUAUGCAUUUCGUCGAACAGGUGUUUUAGUCCCUCUCUGGGGAGAGUAUAUUCGAACAUUCUCUCUCCCUGGCUGCACUACUCUUUUGUUUCGCGAAUGAGACAGCACUGCAGCAGUCUUUGAUGAGUUUGCACGCGUCCGCUGCCGUAUUCCUUGGGAAAGCAAAUCCAUUCGCCACCGCCAGUAUAGAUUACUACGAUCGAGCAAUAGCAUCGCCAUCGACCACCCCAUCAGCCAUCCCUGAAGAAUCUCUACUUACUUUCGUAAACGUCAUCGUCGCAUUAGUAGCAGAAGAAGCGCCAGGCCAACAGAACCUUGUCAUCACUUCACUCUCACCCGUCGCCUCCAGUGAAAUUAUACUCUAUUCCUCCUAUUACUUACUUCUUUAAUGUAUGUCCGUCAAUUUGGGCAGAUCAACCGCUUAAACCCUCUCGCUCUACUUCACUUGCCACGUGGUAAAUCUGCCCCAGGUUACACCUCGGCGCUUGUACCACACCGUGUACCUUUCUUCCUGUUAAAUCUGUCCAGUUGGCAAUUCAGGGCUUAUCCGCCACGUGUCUUGUGUUGUGUACCACCACUAAAACGAUUGGUAGUGGUAGGGUUAGCAUUCCUCUUAGAAUUUAUUGAAUGGGUUGAAGGUUGAAGCCACGGCCCAGGAUUUGCAUAAUGUUACUUCCAGUCGAUGCUACGUUGCUUCUUAAUAUUUUCCUCCMGAGAAAACGACGACCUCAUCAAAUCUUGUCCAUUUAUUCAGAUGAUAAGGCUAGAUCGACGGUCGGCUGCACCACAUUCCCAUUCGUUCCACGUCCAUUCAAUAAUAACAUUAGAAAAAUCGUAAAAGCCCAAGUGGCAUGAAUUUAGUCCUCAUUUGAGGCUUAUUUAGGGGAGCAUAGGGGAACCAUUGUAGAGCUCAGGAGCAAAAGGCGAGUAGGUUGGCAUCCUCAGCGUUGCUGGCUUACUUUCGCAACACUCCUCACCUCACCUCAGUCUCAGGAGUCAGGACAUUGUCAACAGUUUUCCAAGUCGUCUUCUCCUCCAACUCCAACCCUUAAUCGCAGAACUUGAAAGCAUGGCCCCAGGAGUCCCGGUGGAUGCAUUCACAGGCACCGGCGGCAAGGUCGCGAUCCCCAACAGGGGGUACUCCAAGAGGGCCUACGUGACGUUCCUCGCCGGUAAUGGUGAUUACGUGAAAGGAGUUGUUGGAUUAGCCAAGGGUCUGCGCAAGGUCAAGAGUGCGUACCCUCUGGUAGUGGCCAUCUUGCCCGAUGUCCCCGAAGAACACCGUGAGAUCUUGACGUCUCAAGGUUGCAUCGUCCGAGAAAUCGAGCCCAUCUACCCUCCUGAGAACCAAAUCCAGUUUGCCAUGGCUUACUAUGUCAUCAACUACUCCAAGCUACGUAUCUGGGAUUUUGAAGAGUACAGCAAGAUGGUUUACCUGGAUGCAGAUAUUCAGGUGUUCGACAAUAUAGAUCACCUCUUCGAUGGACCAGACGGAUACUUGUACGCUGUGAUGGACUGUUUUUGCGAGAAGACAUGGAGUCACUCACCACAGUACUCCAUUGACUACUGCCAACAGUGCCCCGACAAGGUGACAUGGCCGGCUGAGAUGGGCUCACCACCUCCCUUGUACUUCAACGCUGGGAUGUUCGUCUUCGAGCCUUCCCAUUUAACCUAUGAAAAUCUUCUUCAGGCUCUGCAGAUUACACCGCCGACACCUUUCGCGGAGCAAGAUUUCUUGAACAUGUUCUUCCAAAACAUGUACAAGCCCAUCCCUCUGGUCUACAACUUGGUCCUGGCCAUGCUCUGGCGCCACCCCGAGAACGUUGAGCUCGACAAAGUCAAGGUGGUCCACUACUGUGCAGCGGGAUCCAAGCCAUGGAGGUAUACCGGCAAAGAAGCCAACAUGGACAGAGAGGACAUUAAGAUGUUGGUGGCCAAAUGGUGGGAUAUAUACGACGACGAGUCACUGGACUUCAAGGCGGAGGACUCCGUUCCGGAGGAAGAGACCUUCUCAAGGCAGUCGUCGAUCAUGGCAGCCAUGCCCGAGCCCGAGAUGGCCUACAUCCUUGCACCCUCUGCGGCUUGAACAAGUUGAUGUCGUGCUCAGAGAAACGCUGUAAUCCCCCUAUCGGCAAUCAUAUUUUAUGUAGGCUCUUAGAAUUCACAAAUCAA